AUGUACAACCCUUACCAACCUCCCGGCAUGUAUGGCCGUCCACCAGACUUCGGAGCCUAUCCAGGUGCACCUCCAGGAAUGGCUCCUCCCCCCGGUAUGGCUGCCCCUGGAAUGGCCGCUCCUGGUACCGCGCCGGUGCCGGGGAUGCAGCAGGCAAACGCCCAGCAGCCCGGCCGGCCAGCGGGCUUUCCCGCCAAUUUCCAACCGCCCCCAAACAUGCCCAACAUCAACUUCUCGGCCCCCGUCAUCCGCCUAGGUACAUCGGGACCCGCCAAACCAGCGACUCCGGAAACCAGCAACCAGCGCGGCGGCGAUGGCCCGGGACGACGCGCCGGUCUGGGUUCGACCAACGCGGAUUCCCAGCGCCAGAAUGUACGAGACGCCAUGAUGCAGCUCCAGCCACCGACCCGGGACGAGAUCGUGCGAACAAUAUUCGUCGGAGGUAUCACCGACGGCGUCGGCGGCGACGAGGGGGUCGAGAAAAUCCUGCGGUCGGCGGGAAAUCUUCGCCGCUGGAUCCGUGCGACGGACGCGGACGAAAAACCGUGCAAGUUCGGUUUCGCAGAGUACGAGGACCCUGAAAGUCUAGGUACUGCUGUGGAAGUACUAAAGGACAUUGAAGUGCCUGUGAAGAGACAGUCUCCGUCAAAGGAGGCUGACAAGGAGGACCGCGACAUCGAGAAAAGCACAUUGCUGGUCGUUGUGGACGAAAACUCUACGAAAUACCUCGAGCAAUACGAGAACAGCAGAGGCGAACAAGAUCCUGCUGAACGGCAGUCCCGGAUCGAUGCGGCUCGCGAAACCCUUUCCGGCGUGCUGUCGCACAUGUUUCACCCUCCCUCUCCCGCCCAGAAAGAAGAUGGCUCAGGUAUCGAUCGCGAAGGCGACACGGCGAUGCAGGAUGCGGAAGGACAAAACGACGGGACCUCGGCCGAAGUCGUCACGAUUCCCAUCACCGUGGAGGACGAGUUAUCCGAUAUUCCGGCGGGCAUGAGAGAAACGGUCGCCAAGGAAAUCGCUGCCUUCCGUGAUCGUAGCAAUCGCAGGGACAUUGAGCGCCUCAGGCGCGAGGAGGAAAUUGAGUCCAUGGAACGAGCUCGCAAUGCAGGCUCGCGACCGAGCCGACUGUCAUCUCCCCCCGCCGCCGCGCCGAGCGGGCCAGCCGCCGGUCCGAAUGGUAUCCCUCUCGGUCCCCGGGACCGCGGGACGCCUAGCGCACCCACCGGGCCCAAGGGAUUCGGAGUGCAGAUCCCCAAGGACUACCAAAAGGGAGUAUCUUUCGUGAACGGAGGCUCCAUGAACGGUGGACCGUCGGUUCACAUUGACCGGGAAGACGAGGAGUCCGACGCGAGCGACGAAGAGCUCGAGCGGCGCCGCCAGGAACGCAAGGAAGCCGAGCAAGAAAAGCAAUUUCUCGACCAAGAGCGACGGUGGUUGAACCGCGAGCGGAGCAGAACGGCGGCUCUCGAACGGGAGAAGAAGCGGGACAAGGAAGAAGACGGCCGGUUGCAGGAAGCGAAGGAAGACAUGGACCGGCGACUCCGGGACUGGAACGAUGACAUGGAAGCGAGUCGCAAGGUCCACGAUUAUUACGCCGACCGAGGGGCGUGGCUUCGCAACCGCGCUGCUUUCCGAUCCCGCGAAAUCAGCAUGGACGAGGCGGACCGCGCGGCCGAAGACCGCGAGCGCGCUCGAUCCGUCCAGCAACGCGAGCAGGCCCGUGGCAUGGCGGACGACUUCCUGGCGCGCCAGGCGGAGGAGAUGGAGACCCGGCCCCAGGCCCCGAGAGAACCCCAGCGCUUCAAGCUGUCGCUCGGUGCGGCGGCCCAGAAGGCCCACGCCGCCACCCACCGUCGCACCGUGGCCGAGGUCGAAGGGCUGCUGGAAGACGAGGAGGAACCCGAGGCCACGGCCCGACGACCGCUCAUCCCGAUCAAGUUCGACAGUGCCGCCGAAGCCGCAGGGCUCACCGAGGAAGAGCGCGCCCAAGCGGUGCGGCAACUCGCGGCGGAGAUUCCUGCCGACAAGGAGGGGCUGUGGAACUGGGAGGUCAAGUGGGAGUUCGUGGACGACAGCAUUGUCAGCGAACAGCUCAAACCCUUUGUGGAGAAAAAGAUCAUGGAGUAUUUGGGAGUGCAGGAGCAGAUGCUGGUGGAUGUGGUGGAGGAGCAUGUGCGACAGCAUGGCAAGCCCCAGGAGUUGGUCGAACAGCUCGAGAUGGCACUGGACGAAGAAGCCGAGGUUCUGGUACGGAAGCUGUGGCGGAUGAUCAUCUUCUUCUCGGAGAGCGAGAAACGAGGUCUCUCUGGAUAAACAUGGAUUGCUUCUUACGGGGAUCAGUUCGAAUAAUGAAAGGUUGUUCCUCACGGUUUCGCAAUGGUUUGCCCUGGAGCAUAGCGAGGCAGGUCAACGGAUUUAUUCACGUUAGUCUAUCUCACACGCAUAUUGUACGUUUAAGGGACGCUCCAGUAUCAAAAAUAGCAUAAGGGGCCAUUUCUUUAUAGUCUCCUUAGGCUACACCUUAGGACCUGGCGAGGUUUUGAGUAUGGCAGUUAGAAUCAACCCAUUGACAAGCCAUGACUGCGGGGGUCAGUGUCGAUCAUAUUAUUUCCUAAUUGAACCCUUCCUGCUGUCA